AAGUUGGCUGCCCGAUGAAGUGUGGCACCACUGUUGACCUCUGGUGGAGUAUGGUUUCUUCAUCCCCAAUAUCGGCAUUGAUCUCUUGGGGGAGAAGUUGCAGAUAUAUACUCGCACCCAGAUCAUUCGUUCACAGAAGUUGCAGUAGCUCCUUGCUGUUCUCCUCCUGCUCUCGUGGCUAGAAAUCCGGAUCAGAGAAGAUGGUUGCUUCUUAUGGGGCGAAGUUGCUCUUGCUGAUUGCGUUGCUCAGGUGUGGAGCUAAGCUUGGUGCAGAUGCCUUGAGCAUGGAUUACUACAUGAUGAGCUGCCCCUUCAUGGAUCAGAUGGUGAGGAGCACAGUGUAUCAAGCCCUGCGCAGAGAUCCCACGCUUGCUGCGGCGCUUCUGAGGUUGCACUUCCAUGAUUGCUUCGUCCAGGGAUGCGAUGCGUCGGUUCUCAUCGAUUCCACAGAGGACAACACCGCGGAGAAGGACUCUCCUGCAAACCUGAGCUUACGUGGUUACGAGGUCAUCGAUCGAGCCAAGCAGCUGAUCGAGGAUCAGUGUCCGGGAGUUGUUUCAUGCGCCGACAUCGUCGCGAUGGCCGCUCGAGAUGCCGUCUUCUGGGCCGGAGGUCCAUUUUAUGAGAUACCAAAGGGCAGAAAGGACGGCAGGAGGUCCAAAAUAGAAGACACCGUCAACCUUCCUGCACCCACCCUCAACGUCACAGUCCUCGUCAAGAUGUUUGGUCAGCAUGGAUUUGAUGCACAGGAGCUGGUGGCUUUGUCAGGGGCACACACGUUGGGGGCUGCAAGCUGCGCAUCGUUCAAGAACAGGCUGAGCAAUUUCGACUCCGACAACGGCGUGGACCCGACGCUGGACACCGACAUGGCCAGGACGCUGUGGAGGGCAUGCACCGCCGGGGACGGAUCCCGAGUGCCGUUCGACCGCAGCAGCUACACCUUCGACAGCGGCUACUUCAACGCAUUGCGGCGGGGGCUGGGCCUGCUCUCCUCCGACCAGGCCCUCUUCGCCGACCCCCGCACGCGGCCCGUCGUCAACGCCUACGCCAUGAACGACGCCAUGUUCUUCCUCGACUUCCAGCAGGCCAUCCUCAAGAUGGGGUUGCUCGACGUCAAGGAGGCCGGUCGGGGAGAGGUCCGCCGGGACUGCCGCAGGGUCAACUGAUCAAUGCAGGAAAUUAGCCUCCUGCAUCGAGCUACUUAUGUGUUCGUUUAUGUAUCAUACACGCUAUCUAUAUCUUGUUGCAGCGAUCACUCUUGCAUUUCCGAAAGCUCUUGAGCUGUGGCUAUGUGGAUGUUGAGUUCAUGAAGUCGAUCUAAUUCUCACUGUUCUUUCA